CGUGACUCGUCACUCGUCGUGUUCCGUUGUCGCAUCUCGUGGACAGAUGCCGCAACGCGUCACACCUUGUAUUUUUUCCCAUCCCGUGGUCACAAAAGUCAGCAGCAAACUUGCCAAGUUUGCCACCCGCCACCAGUUGACCAGUCAGUCAGAUAACAACACAAAACACGGCGAGCAACGUGGAAAGAUGUCAGAUCUAAGCGACUGGUUUAAUUCGUUGCCGAUAUUCACGAGAUAUUGGUUAUUGUGCACCGGAUUGUUCACGUUGCUCGGCAGAUUUGGAAUCUUGAGUCCGCAUUUGUUGAUAUUGUGGCCCGAUCGAUUUAUAAACAAAUUCGAGAUCUGGAGAGCGGUUACCAGCGUAUUCUUCUAUCCGCUCAAUCCAUCGUCGGGAUUUCACUUCCUGAUCAACUGUUACUUUCUUUACAAUUACUCGCUGAGAUUAGAACGCGGGGAGUACAAUGGUAAACCCGCGGAUUAUUGCUUCCUUCUGUUGUUCAAUUGGAUAUGCUGCGUCAUCAUCGGUGUCAUCGGCGACUUCUCUUUACUCAUGGAUCCCAUGGUGCUGAGUGUGUUGUAUGUAUGGUGUCAGCUGAACAAAGAUGCCACUGUAAAUUUUUGGUUUGGCACACAGUUUAAAGCCAUGUAUCUGCCGUGGGUUUUGUUUGGAGUUAAUUUGCUUAUUGCCGGAGGUGGGAUUAUGGAAUUGUUUGGGAUUUUGGUUGGGCAUCUCUAUGUAUUCUUAAAAUUCAAGUAUCCUCAGGAACUUGGCGGUAUAGAAUUGCUCAAUACUCCGAAGAUACUCGAAAGAUUUUUCCCACCUCAACGAAGCGGAGUUCGUUCAUUUGGUUCCGCGCCUGUUUACAGACCCGGAGAGCAGCAAAAUGCUCAUGGGAGAAAUAUAUUUGGAGGACACAAUUGGGGAAGGGGUCAUGUAUUAGGUCAAUAAUAAAGCAAGCUUGCUUGCGCAAAAAUAAAUUUA